GAAAAGAUAAGCGCAAGAUUCGCUCCUCAGCAAAUCCUACGUCCACUCCUAGACACAGUCUGCCCUCUCCUGUAAACGACUGGCGUACAAAAGCACUACCUUUAGCGACCUCAUAUAUUCACUACUGAAUCUCCGUCAAGUGAAAACGUUCAUCCUGCAACGACAAACGAGACAGCGAGACACUAAGGCCACACCCGUUAGGUUUCUACUGCCUGAACGCCACUGGCUUAGCCGGCGGACCUACGCUGAUAUCAAGUUUAUUCUUCAUCUCACAUUGCUAAAGUGGAAAUUGCGCCAGUAUUGGAGUAUCAUCGGAGGUCCUCGGGUUGGAGGAAUACAUCAAACGCGCUGUACAACAAAGCGAAAGCGGAUCAGAGAACAUUAGGGUUGAAAAAGAAAUCGUCAUCACCAAGAACAACGAUUAAAAACAAGUGAACUUCACCUUUGCAAGAGAAACCUCCGCGGACCGCUCCGUAGUUAUACGCAACUAACGAUGUCUCAGGUGGCCAUGCGCGAUCUUUGCCUAGGUAUUCAGCUGAAGCCAUUGCCAGCUCCCCAAAAGCGUUCCCCUGAUGUGCCCCACGCGCCGAUGCGAAAUGUGCCUCUUACCAAAGACGAGACUAAGAUCGCUUUGAAAAAUGCUCUUCGAUAUUUUCCACAAAGGUUUCAUCAUAUCUUGGCGCCUGAAUUCGCUUCGGAACUCAAAAAAUAUGGCCAUAUCUACAUGUACCGCUUUAAACCGUUUCAACCUCUCAAGGCAUACCCGAUUGAAGAAUAUCCGGCUAGAAGUGUACAAGCAGCGGCAAUAAUGUUGAUGAUCUGCAAUAACCUUGACCCCCAAGUUGCUCAGUAUCCUGAAGAGCUUGUCACAUACGGAGGCAAUGGUCAAGUCUUUUCAAACUGGGCACAGUUUCGCCUGGUAAUGCAGUACCUGUCGAAAAUGUCGGAUACUCAGACUCUGGUUAUGUAUUCCGGUCAUCCGCUUGGCCUCUUCCCAGCUCGGAUCGGUGUAUCACCAAAAGUGGUCGUUACCAACGGAAUGGUUAUACCUGGAUGGUCAACGCAAAGCGAUUACGACAAGAUGUUCGCUAUGGGUGUAACGAUGUACGGCCAGAUGACCGCGGGAAGUUAUUGUUACAUUGGACCACAAGGCAUUGUUCACGGGACCACGAUUACGAUUAUGAACGCAGGACGUAAGUAUCUUCACCUCGAAUCCUUGAAAGGCAAAGUAUUGCUUACGUCCGGUCUCGGUGGGAUGUCAGGCGCCCAGGCGAAAGCUGCGGUGAUUGCCGGAGCUGUUGGUGUUAUUGUUGAAGUAAAUAAGGAUGCUUUACUCAAAAGGUAUCGUCAAGGUUGGCUUCAUGAGAUCUGCUCGGACUUAGCCGACCUAAAACAGCGAAUUCAGCGAGCCAAAAAAGACGAACAAGCGACUUCUAUUGGUUUUCAAGGCAACGUCGUGGAUGUCUGGGAAUUCUUCGCGAAAGAUGCAGAGGAGAGUGGUGAGCUUCUUGUGGAACUCGGAUCAGAUCAGACAUCUUGCCACAACCCGUUCGGCGGCGGCUAUUACCCCGUGCAACUGUCAUUUGAAGAGGCCAACGAGGUCAUGAUUCAGGAUCCCCCGAGAUUUAAGCAGCUUGUACAAGAAAGUCUGAGACGUCAAGUUGCAGCUAUCGACUCGCUGGCGGCGCGAGGCUUAUGCUUCUGGGAUUACGGGAACGCGUUUCUCCUUGAAGCGUCGCGUGCUGGUGCGGAUGUUGGCCAAAACGGAAUCCGUUUUAAGUAUCCGUCAUACGUCCAAGAUAUUAUGGGCGACAUAUUCUCCAUGGGAUUCGGACCUUUUCGAUGGGUGUGUACGUCAGGACGUCCUGAAGAUCUCGACCUUACCGAUAAGAUUGCCUGUCAGGUUCUCAGAGAGCUGCUUAACUCGGAUGUUAGCGACAGUGUGAAGUGUCAGUAUUCCGAUAACAUUCGAUGGAUUGAAAAAGCCUCGCUGAACAGCCUUGUUGUUGGCUCUCAAGCCCGUAUACUGUAUUCUGAUCGUCGUGGAAGGAUGAAAAUUGCUCAAGCUUUCAAUGACGCUGUGCGAACACAGCGUCUAAAAGGUCCAAUUGUGCUAAGUCGAGACCAUCAUGAUGUAUCAGGCGCUGACAGUCCGUUCCGAGAGACGUCGAACAUCUACGAUGGUUCCGCCUUUACUGCUGAUAUGGCUGUCCAAAAUUUUGUGGGUGUUACCCUGCGAGGUGCUACCUGGGUGGCUUUACAUAAUGGUGGGGGAGUUGGCUGGGGACAGGUGAUUAAUGGCGGAUUCGGGAUGCUUUUGGAUGGCUCGAAGGAAGCGCACCAGAAGGCCGCAGAACUACUUUCCUGGGACGUGAACAAUGGAAUCGCCCGUAGAGCGUGGUCUGGAAAUAAUUAUGCACUGGACACCAUUCGUGAUGCGAUGGAAGAGGAUCCGUUGUUGGAGGUGACGAUUCCACAUGCGGCCAGUGAAAAUGAUCUGUGUGGAGCUAUUGAUCGUUUCUUUCCGACGAAAAGUCCUUGAACGAAGGGAGCCACAAACGCGGGCAACGUGUCGAUGCUUAAAACCAACACGCCGAAUAAUAUCUAGGCCUUAGGCCUGGAAAAGCUCUAUGGGAGCGUGGUCUUGCGUGCUCCUGCGCCAAAUUGCACUAUUUUUAACGGGAUAUAUCCGGCACGAAAGGCAGUUAAAGGCUUAUCUGUAGAAUGAAAAGUAGCAAUCUCCGACUCUUAGACCACGUCUUCUUCACGUCCGGGUGUGUAGUUAUGUUCAAUGUUGCCACCUUUAUGGCUGUUUAAGCCAGGAUUUGAGGAUAUAGUUUAACGUAACUAGAAUUAAUAAGCAUUUAUGUGGUCUGUACACCUAACUAACGUCUCACUCUAUAUUGAUUAAACUGCUUUAUACUGUGGAGAGACUGAUGAGGUUGGCAAGGUACUCGCUGAUAGCGCUAUUUACGGUAUGACUGUAUCUAUGCAAGCAUCAGACAAAAUGAAUACGGAUAUGAUUAUAAAAACCAAAGAAGUUCUAAAGACAAUUUAACUACUCUUGCAAAAACAGCAAUAAAAAACCAAAUUAUAAUUAGCUGAAAAUUAAAUAUAAAAUGUCGUCUGGGGAAAUUUCUAUAGCCCGUUGACAUAAUGCUUAGGUACUAACAUUAGACAUCUAUUACAGAUAGAGAUUCUUCAAUCGUCUUAUGAAUCCAAAUGGUAACAAUAGACAAAAAGAAAAAAAUCUGAUUGGACCAAAUUCAAACUUGCCAAAAUGUGGGGUUUAAAGUGGGUGUUAAAAGUAAAAAGUGUUAAGGUGUUAAAAGUAGGUUUGAAUGCAUCUGUUUUAUCUGUGCGUUUGUUUUAUCUGUGUGAAAGGACACAUAAUAACAACUGUAUCAUCAUCGCCAUCGAUAUCGUCUUCAUGUAAUUUACUGUGUUUGCUUUUUCGAAAUCUAUUCAU